UGCUCCAGCAAACCGUGCCCCAGCACCGGACCCGCCUCACCGUCCAGCCGGUCCGCGCUGGCCCCGCCGCUGCUCCACGCCGCCGACCGCGCUCGCCGGCCCUCAGGGCAAGCCUGGCAAGCCCAGGUACUCGCCCAGCUCGUCGUCGACCGCGGGCCGCCAUGACCGGGCUGCGCGGCGCCAUCCUGGCGGUGCUGCUGCUGGCCGCGCUCGUGGCCGCAGCCUCCGCCAAGCCCACCAUCUACGUCAAGAACGACAACGACAAGCUGGAGCCUGUGCUGGUGCCCGUCUCCUCCACGGUGAUCCCGCUGCCCGUGUACAAGGUGGGCUUCAGCCUGGGCGCCACCAAGGGCGGCAAGGGGGGCGACAGGGACCGAGCGCAGGGCAGGCCCGAGGAGCCCAUCCAGCUCAUCACGGUGCAUCAUAAGAAGAAGGCCCUGGGUACAGUGACCAAGGAGAAGAGCACAGGCUUAUCACCAUAAGAUACCUGAAUAUAUUUUCCCUUAAGUGAGUGAGUGUUGUGUGUGUGUGUGUGUGAGCACCUAUCAGGGAGUGAGAAAUGGCAUGAGAUGGCCUCAUAGAAAAAUAGCAGACUGUCUAAUGGCAGCUAUCUACUUCAGGUUUUAGUACUGGGUCUAAAAUUGUACUGUGUUUGUAAGUGUGACGUAUGAAAGCCACAGAAGAAUUGGACAUAAAAACAAAAAAUUGAUAGUAACUUGAGAAAGUUAAAUAUAUUUUGUAUUUCUUAGAAAAUAAAUGAGCUUUUACAAUAUAAUCAAAUAAGUAUGGUCAGUUGUGGUAAACAAAUUCUUCCUUUCUCUGUCAUAUAGUAAUUUAAUAAUGUAUGA